AUGAGAAUUUUAAUAAUAAAUUGCUAUGAUAACAAAGACCUUGAAAAAUUCCAACAUUUCCAAUUUCAUGUUAUGAAAGUAAAAUCUCCAAUUAAUGUAGUAUUUAGCGGAGUAAAAGGAGUUAAUAGAUACAGAAAAUGAAUUUUAUGUUCGUAAUAGGGAUACAAUAGAGGACUUUCUAUACGAAGUAGAAAGUUCUUAUGUGAAAAAGGAAGCAGCUCUAAAAUUCGAUCAACUUGAUGUCAUAUUCAUUAUUGGAGAUUGUCAUACUCGACCUUGGGCUGCUCACAUGAGUAUAGAUUUAAGAAUCAUAGUUAGCAAAAAUAUUGGUUUUGUUGAGAAUGUGUUUAAGAGUAUAGAAGCUACUCUUUGCUUCAGGAUUUGCCAUGUAGGCCUUGGUGUACUUAUCAGCAUCUAAUAUUGAUAGAGUAAUAUCUUCAUAUCAUGUAUAAGCCUAUCAACUUAAUCAAUCAGAAUGGAGGCAAAUUAUCAGAUCUGAGAGAAUUAAAAAUUCAGAUUUAACAAAGCGAUAUGUUUUUGGAAAAUACAUCAGGGGAUUUAUAUGUUUUUAAUUAUGAAACUUCUGAGUGGAUUCCAAAAUUGAAUGUAGGCAUUCACUUAAGGAGUGCAGCCCAAGAAUUCUAAUCAAUAGGAAGGUAUGUUGUUAAAGCUCCUAUUUACAAACCAAAAUAAAAUGGCUCAUUUCUAAGUAAAAACAAAAACACUGAAACCGUUGUCUCUAUAAGAAAUGUUUAUUUAUAACAUUGGGUAUUAUUCAUUAAAUUAAAACAACAAAGGCAUUUAAGGAUAUUGAAUCAAGAUUUUUAGCACCAUUAUUGAAUAGAUGGGAUGUACACAAUUUCUAAUUCAAUAAUGCUGAAAAGAAAUUUAUCUGUCUAGCAGAAAGUGAUGAAGGACCAUCAAUAAUUGAGUACCCCAAGGCUUUGGCUUGCAUGUUUGAAAUUGAUACCAAGUACCCUUUUACAAAUACUCUGCUCAAAAACUUUGUAUAAUAUGCUAUGUACAACAUCAAAGUCUCAAAGUAAGAAAACUCGAUUUCAUAUAUUUAAGUUCCUCUAAACCUUUCAAUUCUAUUGAGAAUUAUCACAAAGUUAAUACAAAGUCGUCAUCUAUUUUAGAUCUUCUGAAAAACACUAAUAAUUAGAACCAAAAGAAAACCACUCUCGAAUUAAUGCAAAUCAGAGGCAAGAAUGGGAUAGCUUCGCAUAGUCAAUAAAAAUUAACAUAGGCUUAAGAAGAAUAAAAAUUAUAAUCCAUGUAGCUUAGUCUCAAAAGGAGAAGCAGUAUCGCCCAUGUAGGAUUUACACUAAAUAAAAAUGUACCAAUAAGACCAGUGGAAGUUAAUGCUGUUGGGAAAAGGAGAAUAAAAUACCAACAAGGUUAAUAACAUUCGAGGAAGAUAAGUGCUGACGAAGCAUAUUUAAAAUCCUAAAGAGACAGUGAAGAUGAUGUUUUGAAUGAAGCACAAUCAGUUUAGAAAACAUUGCCUCUCAAAACUGCCAGCCAAUCAGAAAUACGGAAAAUGUUGCAUCCAGAAAUUUCUAAGUCUUGUUUGGAAGUUAGAGAAAUUUGGAUUCCAGGACAUUUAUCAGAGUAGGUGAAAACUCAAGGAGAUAGAAGGAUAAGUUAGAUUGGAGGAUCAUUUCAAUCGACUCAAACUUCUUAAAGGAGGAGAUGGAUUUGA